GCCAGGCUGGGUUGAUGUCUUGCCCGCACUAUCCUUUUCGUCCAUAAUACAGAAUACCAUGCUGUUUGCGCUAUAUCUUACUUUCUAAUUUAUAUGUGCUGCAGAAGCGAGCGCCUAACUUUUGCACUGCGACGUGAAGCCGAAGCCGGCCGCCUGCUGCAGGACCGGCUCCGGUGCGCUCGGCGGCCGGGGGUCACUUUAACAACACGGAGGGGGAAGGCGAGCCGCGGCUCAUAGUCUCCAUAGCAGCUUUCAGUCACGGCGUCGAGAGGAUCCGCGCGUGUUUCCUAGGGGGUGCUUUGCCGUUUCCUUACUUUUGGCGGGCAGCGAAGCAGCAUUUCUCGCUUGUUUUGGCCGCUCGUCCCUUACGUGCCUUUGCUGGAGAGUCACCUGCGCACUGAUUAGUUAUUAGUGAGACGAUGGGGAUCAAGACGGGAAGCUCGGCUGGGGGGGUUGGACGGUGCUCUGUUAUCCUGACGGUCCCGUAAAAAUCAUCUCUCUCUAUUCUGCAUCCGGCGCAUGUUCGUUUGAAUAUGAACGCCUUUGCCCGGAGGCUGCGGCGCACAGCUCCCUCUAGUGGAGACUGCCAUAACGAGCUGGUGAUGCCGCCGGCGCACUCCCGCGUUAAUGGGUGGUCCCUACCGCUCCACAGCUUCCAGCUCAUUGGAUGGCUGGUCUACAGCUACAUGGCUGUGGCUGCGUUCGGGAUCUAUAUCCCCUUGCUGCCUCCACCAUGGACAUCCGCUGCUUACGCUGUGUUCAGCAUCACCUUCGUCUUCCACCUUGUGUCACACCUGCUGGCAGUGUCCAUCGACCCGGCUGACCCCAGCGUCCGCGCCAGGAAGAUCUACUCCAUGCCCAUGCCUGUGCUGGACAGGAAGAAGCACCCACACGUCAUCCAGAACCUGCACUGUCACCUGUGUGAGGUCGACGUAGGCUCUCGAGUCAAACACUGCAGUAACUGCAACAAGUGCAUAGCGGAUUUUGACCACCAUUGCAAGUGGCUGAACAACUGCGUGGGUGGGAAGAAUUACUGGUGUUUCUUCGUAACUGUGGUUUCGGCGGCUCUGGGACUCCUGCUGCUCGUUCUCCUCGUCCUCUUCAUCUUCAUCGAGGUCAUGGCUGACCCCGCACUCCUCCGCACGUCUCCCCACUUUCACAGCAUCCGUGAGAACGGAACGUGGUUGGUAUUCCUGCCGCUGGUGCCCCUGGAGACAACCCAAGCUGGGCUCUUGGUCCUGGCGUUUGCCACGUUCUUGCUGGCUUUGGUCUCCUUCCUGCUCCUGGGCCACCUUCUUGGCUUCCACAUCUACCUGCUGACUAGGAACAUGAGCACCUACGACUACGUUGUGAAGCAACGUCACGCUAAGACGGAUCGGGAGAAGGUGGAAACAGCUGCUCAGUCCGCAUCCUCCAAGUCGGUCUCUGUACAGAAUUUGCCCCAUGUGGAAACACCCAUUGACUGCGAUGGACCUUUGUCUGGAAAGGCCAGCGCCUUACGGUAUCAAGAUAAAGGCCAGACUGCCGGUCCGCUCUCGGCAGCGUUCUGUACAGAGAUGGAUGGUCUUCGGCACAAUCCUGGCAAUGCAGUGACGUCUUUUCAUCAUUUGGCCAAAUCACACUCACAGACGUUACCAGGAGGAGUCGACGCAGACGACGCUGCUUUUCGGAGGCAAAGCGAAGACGAGUGGAUGGCGGCCCAAGGUUUCCCCAGAAGGGUGUCGGGGGAGGGGGCACCUGUUGCCCAGAACCCUUUGGGAAGCUCCGUCAUGAAGCCCCCGGUGGAUCACCAGCAGUGGCAAAUGACUUCACAGCCACAGGAACUGCCCUAGCAUUGGCGCUGAGCUCAUCGUCCCAUAAGGGCUGGACGCGAUAUCAGACUGUUGUACAGCCAGGGCGUGGAUCGCAUCUCGCUGAGCGUCAAGCUCCCUUGGCAGUGAGACUGAUAGGGUUAGGGUUCUGUGAGACUGAUAGGGUUAGGGUUCUGUGUUCUGCGUUGAAUGUAGAUAUGGAGGGGAUGUUGCAUGUUGCAGAAACGAAUGAAUAUUUUGAGAACAAAUGUUGCUUUUUUUAUUGCCGCAUUUUACUCAUUUUAUUAAGUGACUUUUUGUCAGCUUGUUUUUCCAUGUUUGUUAUGAGACAUGUAUUUUCCCUCUUUUUUCUUGUCUGUUGUUAAAUAAAUUUUUAUUUAAUAUAUGUCAAAGUCGAGGUCUCUUGCAUAUCACUCAGAAUCAUGGCUAUUCAGCUGUUAGUAUGGCUUUAAAAAGCAGAACUUUUCAUUCAGCUGAUCUGGAAACUGAUAGUCUGAACAGAAAAGCAACAGCCGGGGGCAUUGGCAAGGUGAAUUUUGGGAGCCACCAUCUUGGCCGGCUUGCUGUCUGCUGCUGUGUUCGUACUAUGGAUCGGAAGAAGGCUGUGGAAUUAACGCGCUUUCCGAAUGUAGCCUCUGCAAUAUACUUAUCGCCACUAGGUGAGGCUGUUGGGGUUUGUUAAAAGCUGCUUCUCUUUCCGCGAGUGAAAUUUUGUUCAGCCUUUAAAUUGAACUAUUCUCACCCUUUUUUGGUGACAAAACUCACUGGGCGGUUGAAAUCAACGUUUUGUAAUAAACACUAUUGCAUAAAUUUAA